GGGCUGAUGGCGGAGGAGGCCGGCAGCGGCGCCCAGGAGCUGGAGGCGGCGGAGCGGGGCCCGGGCGCGGCCUAUCACAUGUUUGCGCUGAUGGAGGAUCUGCUGGAGAAGCUGAAGCUGCUGAACUACGAAGAGGAGGCGCUGCGGCGCCACCACCUGCGGCCUCUGUCCAGGCACUACUUUGCAUUGCCCACUAAUCCCGGCGAGCAGUUCUACAUGUUUUGCACUCUUGCUGCUUGGCUGAUUACUAAAGCAGGACAUCCCUUUGAACAGCCGCAAGAAUAUGAUGACCCCAACGCAACAAUAUCAAACAUACUCUCAGAGUUGCGAUCAUUUGGGAGGUCCGUGGAUUUUCCUCCUUCAAAGUUAAAGGCAGGUUAUGGAGAGCAAGCAUGUUAUGUUCUUGAUUGUUUAGCUGAAGAAGCCUUGAAACAUACUGACUUUAGCUGGAAAAGACCAGCAUACCCAACAGAGGAGCUAGAAGAAGAAGCAAUAACAGAAGAUGAUGCGGAAUUGACACUUAAUAAACUGGAGGAAGAAAUUGAGGAAGAAGAGACAGACAAUGAAGAGAACUUUAUUGAUCUGAAUGUUCUAAAGGCACAAACUUAUAGAUCAGAUAUGAAAGAAUCUACAAAACAAGAAGAAAUUUUAGAGUCCACAACAGAUGCAGCAGAGUGGAACCUGGAAGUGGAACGUGUUCUGCCACAACUGAAAGUUACAAUCAGAACUGACAAUAAGGAUUGGAGAAUCCAUGUAGAUCAAAUGCAUCAGCACAAAGAUGGAAUCGAAUCUGCUUUAAAAGAGACUAGGGGUUACCUUGACAAACUUCAUAACGAAAUCAGUAGGACGCUCGAAAAGGUCAACAGUCGGGAAAAGUACCUCAACAAUCAGUUGGAGCAUUUGGUUCAGGAAUAUCGUACGGCACAAGCUCAGCUGAGUGAGGCCAAAGAGAAAUACCAACAGGGAAGUGGAGGAGUAACGGAAAGGACUAGAACUCUCUCUGAGAUUACUGAAGUGUUAGAAAAAGUAAAGCAGGAAAUGGAAGAGAAGGGAAGCAGUAUGACUGAUGGAGCUCCUUUAGUAAAAAUUAAGCAGGCCUUAACCAAACUGAAGCAGGAAACAGUUCAGAUGGACAUAAGGAUUGGUGUAGUGGAACACACGUUACUCCAGUCGAAGCUGAAGGAGAAAUCAAAUAUGACUAGAGAUAUGCAUGCAACUAUGAUUCCUGAAACUACAAUAGGCGCCUAUUAAAGUUGCUUGGAAUGUACUUGUAUUUCAGACAAAAAAAAUUUUAUAACUUGUUUUUUUACAAUAUGCUUGUCAUGCAUUUUAGGGUGCUGCAGAUGUGUACAUAGCACUUUAGGCUCUAUAAAUGGAACCAGGCAGAAUUUUGUGACUUAAAAGAUUUCAAACUUAUUGCAAGUCUUUUAUAAAUACAUUAAUAAAUUCUCAUUAACUAA